AUGGUUACCUUGGGUGACAAAGAGAAAAUUCGAAAACCAUUUAGAUUUGAGAACAUGUGGACUCGAGAUCUUAACUAUUUUUGGGUAAUCAAAAGGGCAUGGCAAUCAACUUUCCAAGGUGAUCUGAUGAGAAAUUUCAACCAUAAACUCAUUGCAACAAAGAAAAAUCUAGCCAAAUGGAAUCAGCUGCAUUUUCGUUCUAUUCAUGACCAAAUCAGAUUGGCUAAAGCAAAGUUACAAAAGGUAGAAUUGGAUACCCUAAACGAUUUUAAACGAGAGCUUCAGGCUAGGAAAAACUUAAAUGAGGUACUGAAAAGAGAGGAAAUUUUCUGGAAACAGAAAUCAAGGAUAAAAUGGUUAAGAGAAGGGGACAGAAGCACGAAAUUUUUCCAUGCAUCGACCAUUAUAAGAAGACGAAGGAACUAUAUUUCUACUCUGAAAUCGUUUGAAGGCACUUGGACAUAUGGUAGAGAAUCUAUAGACAAACUAUUCUUGGAAGGUUUCAAAAAACAGUUUAUGCCAGCUAGAACAACCUUCCCGAAUGGCCUUGAUGGACUCUUAGAUAGCUCCAUCUCAGAACAACAAAACGAAGCUUUAUGUCUCAUUCUGGAGGCUACCGAGAUUGAAGAGGCCCUAAACCAGAUCAAUUCGGAUAAGGCUUCAGGAUCGGAUGGAUUCCCAGAUUCGUUUUAUAAGCUUCAUUGGGAAAUCAUCAAGACAGAUGUUGUAGCUAUGGUCAAAUGUUUCUUUGAGCAAGCGAGAAUGCCACAUUUUCUUAAUAGAGUGAAUAUAGUCUUGAUUCCCAAAAAGGAAAAUGCAGGGGCCAUCAAUGAUUAUAGAACCAUUGCCCUAUGCAACAUUGCUUACAAAAUAAUCUAA